AUGGCAUACUACGAUGGCGACCUCAAAGCCGUACUCGCGCGGUUUCACGGCCUACCAGACACCGACACGCGCAAGGACAUACUCAAGAAACUUAGCGAUGACCAGCUGUCGCGUGUAGUCAUCCAAGGUGUGAAAUGCGAGUUCGAAAGAGAAGGAUUGGAGGAAAUCGCGCUAGUUAUGCUAGGUGUCAUCUCCAGGGAUUCGCGCUCCAAGCUCGCGCAUGAUGUACAUGGAGAGAACGAAGUCGCGGUGAAGGAUGGGGAAGCCAGUGGGGAGUGUGAGGUCGUCAUCAAGAUGGAAACGCUAGACGACGUCAACGGAUUCACCAUGAAGGAACCUGAGCCGUUGCUCGCCAUGGCGACCAUCGACGCCUACCUCAAGGCUUUGCUCACUCUUUCCGGAAACGAGCAGCUCGCCACCGCCCGCCAAAACCUCCUCCAAGGCCUCACCGACGACGAUCUCUCGGAACUGUUGCAGAAAGUCGUGGGAAGAGAUUUCGCGCGCGGCGGCUUGGAGAAUAUCAUCUCGUUUAUCUUGGACGUCAUCGCUGGGGACCCGGCCUCAGUCAACGGUGACAGUAGCAGUGUCGCUCACGCGACAGCUAGCGUGAAGAUCGAGCAAGUUCAAGAAAACGGCAUCCAGCAGCAUUGUGAGUAG